AUCAGGGAGUUCGGACAUUUUGAAAAAUGAAUUCUCUUCUUCUUGCUACAGCUCUUGCUUGCCUGGGUCAUGUUGUUUUGGCUCAAACAAGUCCUGCGGCGAGCAUAAAGGCCUCAUGGACUCGGGUCGUGACUCCAACCGUAACAGCAAAGGAAAGAGCCGUUAUAGACGACGCUGCCCAGACCAUCAAAUUCGUCGCUCCAUCCAGGGCUCUGGCAUCUGUCGGUCUGAAAAGCAACGCCGAGUAUAUUGAAUACAACACGGAAAUGUUUGCUGUGAAACUUUUCGAUCGGCCGGUUAAGACUUGUUUCAUUUUCAACGGUACCAACGUGCUUGAUACAUUCUCCGCCACAAGUGCUGACUUGCAAGCCCGAGUUCAAGUGAAUCCAGUGAUGGAGAAGCAGUUUAUGACCCUGACAACGCCAAUGGACGCAGCAAGUCAGGCCACCUUGAUCACGGCCAAUCCAUUCAUCGCAACAGAAUGUGCAGCUGACACCUACAUUGACACGACAGAGUUGUCUGCAGGGUCCACUGCUCCCGCUAACAGUGAAGUUGUGACGUUCCCGACGCUGUGGGGCAAACUAACGCUGUACAUCCUGUAGGCAGCUGGUUCCGCCCUCAUCUGCCUCGUGGUUUUGGAAAAUAUCCCUUCAUGAUGUGUACUAAUGAACAUAAUAAAAUAUCUGAGUACGUU